AUGGCUUUCGAAGUACAGAACCAGAGUUCGAAACCUAUCCAACUGCAGAGAGAUGUAAGACUGGGUGACUUUAUAUCCCCGAAACUCUUCACCGCUGCGUUGGAAGACGUUUUCAAGCUACUGGACUGGAAAGAAUACGGUAUUGACAUCAAUGGCGAGUACAUCACUCACCUUCUAUUUUCCGACGAUAUACUCCUUAUGGCAGAAUCGCUGGAGGACCUUAGCACUAUGCUCAAUGACCUCAAUGGUGUCUCCCAACGGAUAGGUCUUAGGAUGAACAUGGACAAAACAAAGAUCAUGCUUAAUGUCCAUGUCACACCUAUGCCGGUAGUUGUUGGGAGCACUAUGCUUGAAGUUGUUGACGAGUACGUUUACCUGGGACAAAUAGUCCGAUUAGGUAAGUCCAACUUCGUGGCAUUACUUGGGGGAGGCCUAUGUUCAGCAGUGGACUUGUGA